CCCCCACAAUUCAAACUAACAUAUCUUAUAUAGCAGAUUAAUUCUCAAAUGAGAAUUAAUCAAACAGAAUAUGGGCCUGGAAUCAGUGAGCAGAGCAGAGUCACGCAUUCUUCUUCUCUCCCUCCCUGUGCGUUCUUCUCGUUGGUUCUUUCUUUCCCUUAUAUAUAUAUAUAUAUAUAUAUAUAUAUAUAUAUAUAUAUAUAUAUUCCCCAAUCUGAUUUCACUCACUCGCCCUCUCACAAGCCCUAAUUUCUUCCCCCAAUUGCACUUUCUCGGUCUCUCUCUUCCACCGCCGUCUCGCGAUUUUCUUUCUCUGUUUGCAUAUUUCGAUUGUUCGGUACUGUAGAGCUUUUUGUUUCCCAAUUUCCUGGCUCGUUUCCCUCAUCUAUUUUAUGCAAUGGGGUUUCCUUGGCGCUUUCUUUCCCUCCCUCCCGCCAGGGCAUGAACUUUACUACAUCUUCACUCGUCAGCCCGACCACGGCGUCAAGGACCUUAAGGCUUACUGCAUCGGAAUUCUCUCUAACGUCCUUGGCAGUGAUGAUGCUGCAGAAGGGGCUUACCUUUUUCAUAACCCUACUGGCUUCUUUGCCUAUUUUCCUCUUGACAAGGCUGAUCUACUUCAAGAGCAUCCCAGCGUUAUUCAGGUUUGCCCCCAGUUCAAACCUUUCCCCUCCCCGCCCGGCCCGGCCCCAAUCAACCUAUCCUAUUUUCCUCCUGACAAGGCGCUAAUUGAUUGAAUUCAACAGACUUCUCUUUGAAUAAAUUUACAACUCAUAUUGUAAUGCUGACCUUAAUUGGUUUUGUUGAUGAAUUGGUUCUUAUUGAUAUUAUUUUGUGGAUGGAAAUAACAACCAUGCCUAUUACCUUUC